AUGCCUACCUCCACAGGGGGGCUCAAAUCAUCCCUAGAGGAUGGUCUGAAGCAAUACAGCGUCUUGCCACCUAUCCAGACCGGACCAGGGAAGAAUGGGGUCCGAGCGAGUGAUGUGCCCCCUGAGAGGUUGGCAACACAGAGGAAGCUUCUGCGGCACAGGAGGAGUAAAAAUCAGCAACAAGAGUUGCAGAAAUUAAUGAUUGACAGUGCAAUGCAAGCCUACCAACAGUCCAAAUAUGCUCGACCCAGUGCCCCUCAGCCUGUGGAGCCCCAGCUCGCCACCUCGCUGAGCGUCGAAAACAGGAGAAACUACACAUUUCUGAAAACAUGCGUGGAGGCCAACCCGAUCGUGCCCAUCCAGCAGCAGUGGCUGGAUGCUAUGCUGACCCGGGUGCCCCCGCAGCUUCGCGAGGGGCCCGGCCGCCAGGAGCUUCUGGAGGAGCUCUGCAUGGAGGUCAGCGAGAACUUCAUGGCCGGCAUGGUCAAGCACACAGUGAACACUAUCCUUCAGAAGCCAGAUGCAAAGGCAGCAGAGGUUGAACGACUGGACCAAGUCGCAGCAGCAAAAACUUAUGAUUUUACCAGGCCUUGGAAGGACAGCUUCAUCAAGAAUCGAAAGGAGAUGAAGGAAAAUUUGCACAUUCUCCAUCCAGUCAUGAGAAUCACUCUGGAUAUAUGUUAUGCAACCUUCUCUAAUCUACUGCUGGUCGAUCUAUCUGACUGCAGGUCCACGGGUCCCGUUGACUGUGUGAGCCUGAAGAACAAAGUGGCUCUGGAGUGUGACAAGAUGGAGGACAGACUCAUGAACACCUGGUUCCCCAAAGUCAUUCAUGUCCUCACCAGCAAAGACAUGAUCAAAGGAAUAAAGGCAGACAAGCUCGACUCUUUCUACGACUGUGCCUCUACCCUCAUCUCAAACCAGCUGAAAGGCCUUAUCGAGCGCAGUGUGGAGGAGUUUGCCAUGCUGUUCACCCCCAGCGCGGCCUAUAAGUUACCCCUCUUCAGGAUGGACCUGACCUUUGAUGAUGAGAAGAUGGAGUUCUACCCCACUUUCCAGGACCUGGAGGAAGCGGUCAUGGAAAUCCUGAAUAAGAUCUCCAACACCUUGCAGAAAGUUCAAACAGUUCAGUCCUGGCUGGCAGAAGGUAAUCCGUCAGUAGUGGAUGCUAAACUGGCAGAUCAUGUGUUACUCUGGGCUCAGAAGACGGUCCGAGACGCUGUGCGCCAGCACAUGGAAGAGCCGGACCUGCAUUUUCAGUAUUAUGUUGACAACUAUGACUGGUUAGUCAAUGGAACAGCUCAAGCUCAAAUAGAGAAGUUUAUGGAGGAAGAACAUAGCUUUGAUGAGUAUGCUGAGCAAGUGGAAGCUUUUCGGAAGCUGUCGAGGGAGAUCAUCAGCUUGCCUGCUGUGGCUCAUUUUGCCAUGGUCCGCCUGGACUGUGAGGAACUGAAGCAAGGCCUGGCCAAAAAGGCCAAUGCUUUCGGACAGGUUCUCUUGGAACGCCUCAUCAGAACUCACCGCGCACACUGUCUGGAGAUAUGUAAGGAGUUUGAGACCAUCCGGGAGACAGCACUUAAAGUACCUGAGACAACAGAGGACAUAACUGAGAUGCUGGCUUACAUAGGACACGUGAAAUCAAAGGGCAUAGAAGAACUCAAUGCCAAAAUUAUGGAGACACAGCACAGAUUGAAUUACUUGCUGGAUGUGCACUUGUUCGAUGCGGAGGACCUUGAUCUGAACUCAGUAGUGCUUGUCUGGCCCCAGAAUAUAUUGCCAAUAUUUGAGCUCAACAAUGAGCUGAUGGAGAAGGCCAAGCGUAAGGGCGAGCAGGAGCUGCUGCUCCGGAGGGAGCGGCUGACCAUGGAGCUGGAGAAACUCGGCCGCAGGAUGAAGGAGUUCGAGGAGUGCUCCGAGCUGGACAUGAUGCAGCAGUAUGUCAGUGAUGUGAGAACGGUUCAGAAGCGGCUGCAGGAUGCCGAGGAGGCCAUCGAUUUCAUCAAUAAAGAGGAGACGCUUUACAAAUGGGACCCGACAACCUACCCAGCUAUUGAAGUUAUCAAAGAGAGUAUUGAGCCCUACCAGAAGCUUUUUGGUUUGGUGUUGAGAUGGCAACGAACUGAGAGGAAAUGGAUGGAUGGGGCCUUUCUGGACCUGAAUGGAGAGAGCAUGGAGGUUGAGGUGGACGAGUUCUUCCGUGAGGUCUACAAGACGCAGAAGUUCUUCCAGCAGAAGCAGAAGAAGGCCGAGCAGGAGCGAGAGAAAACGGCCCCGAAGAAAAAGCCUGGGGAGCAGGACGACAAGCAGGAGAACGCCACUGUCUCCAUCUGCUCCAGGGUCCUAGAGCAAGUCAAGGACUUCAAGGAAAACAUUCCGAUGGUGUCCAUACUGUGCAACCCGGGCAUUCGCACUCGCCACUGGGAGCAGAUGUCCUCCAUCGUCGUCUACGACCUCACGCCAAACUCCGGCACCACCCUGCGCAAAGUCCUGCGCCAGAACCUCGCCCCCUACCUGGAGCAGUUUGAGAUCAUCAGCGCAGCCGCCAGCAAGGAAUUCUCCCUUGAGAAGGCCAUGCAGACCAUGGUGGAGGUGUGGGAUGGGGUGUCUUUCAGCCAUCACCCCUACCGCGAGUCGGGAGUGUCCAUCCUCACUGCUGUGGACGAGAUCCAGACCAUGCUGGACGAUCAGAUAGUAAAAACACAGACCAUGAGAGGCUCCCCUUUCAUCAAACCCUUUGAGGCAGAGAUCAAGAGGUGGGAGGAGCGUCUGAUCCGUAUCCAGGACACCAUAGACGAGUGGCUGAAGGUGCAGGCCCAGUGGCUCUACCUGGAGCCCAUCUUCAGCUCGGCGGACAUCAUGCAGCAGAUGCCCGAGGAGGGGAAGCUCUUCCAGACCGUCGACAAGAUCUGGAAGGACGUCAUGAAGCACUGUGUGAGGGACCCAAAGAUUUUAGCUGCAACGUCACUGCCUGGCUUACUUGAAAAGCUUCAAGAUUCCAACGGACUACUUGACAAAAUAAUGAAAGGACUAAAUGCCUACUUGGAGAAGAAACGGGUCUUCUUUCCACGGUUUUUCUUCUUGUCCAACGACGAGAUGCUGGAGAUUCUCUCCGAGACCAAGGAUCCUCUGCGGGUGCAGCCGCACCUGAAGAAGUGCUUCGAGGGCAUCGCCAAGCUGGACUUCCUGCCCAACCUGGACAUCCGGGCCAUGUACAGCAGCGAGGGCGAGCGGGUGGAGUUCAUCCAGCUCAUCUCCACCUCUGAGGCCCGCGGCGCGGUGGAGAAGUGGCUGGUGCAGGUGGAGGACAUCAUGCUGCGCAGCAUCAGGGAUGUGGUCAACCGCUCCAGACUGGCCUACCCAGAGACCAAGAGGAGUCAGUGGGUGCGGGACUGGCCCGGGCAGGUGGUGCUGUGCACCUCUCAGAUGUUCUGGACACUGGAGGUUCACGAAGCCAUCCGCAGUGGAUCAAACGGUUUGAAAAACUACCAUGAGCAGCUGCAACUGCAGCUGAAUGACAUCGUGGAGCUGGUGCGCGGGAAGCUACCCAAGCAGACUCGCACCACGCUGGGCGCUCUGGUGACCAUAGAUGUACACGCUCGAGACGUGGUCAUGGAGAUGAUCGAGAAAGGUGUCUCACAUGAAACGGAUUUUCAGUGGUUGGCUCAGUUGCGUUACUACUGGGCCAAUGAGAACGUUCGUGUCCGCAUCAUUAACUGUGAUGUGAAGUACGCCUAUGAAUAUCUAGGCAACUCACCUCGUCUCGUCAUCACUCCUCUGACAGACAGAUGCUACCGCACUUUGAUCGGAGCCUUUUACCUGAACCUAGGGGGCGCUCCAGAGGGCCCUGCUGGUACUGGGAAGACCGAGACCACCAAGGAUCUGGCCAAAGCUCUGGCCGUGCAGUGUGUGGUCUUCAACUGCUCUGAUGGGCUGGACUAUCUGGCCAUGGGCAAGUUCUUCAAAGGCCUGGCUUCGUCUGGGGCCUGGGCCUGCUUUGACGAGUUCAACCGCAUCGAGCUGGAAGUGCUGUCUGUGGUGGCCCAGCAGAUCCUGUGCAUCCAGCGCGCCAUUCAGCUGAAAAUGGAGUACUUUGACUUUGAGGGGACGGAGCUGAAGCUCAACCCCAACUGCUUCGUCGCCAUCACCAUGAACCCUGGAUACGCCGGUCGAUCUGAGCUCCCCGAUAACCUCAAGGUGCUGUUCAGGACAGUGGCCAUGAUGGUGCCUAAUUAUGCGCUGAUAGCAGAGAUCUCCUUGUACUCCUAUGGAUUCCUCAACGCCAAGCCGCUGUCGGUGAAGAUCGUGAUGACCUACAGGCUGUGCUCGGAGCAGCUCUCCUCCCAGUUCCACUACGACUACGGCAUGAGGGCCGUCAAAGCCGUGCUGGUGGCCGCAGGAAACCUCAAACUCAAGUUUCCUGAGGAAAAUGAGGACAUACUGCUGCUCAGGUCUAUCAAAGACGUGAAUGAGGCGAAGUUCCUGUCUCAUGAUAUUCCUCUGUUUAACGGCAUCACCAGUGACCUUUUCCCUGGCAUCACCCUGCCUGAAGCGGACUAUCAGCUCUUCUUGGACUGUGCACAGGAGUGCUGCAAAGAGCAUAAUGUCCAGCCAGUGGAUGUUUUCCUCGAAAAGAUCAUUCAGACCUACGAGAUGAUGAUCGUUCGCCACGGGUUCAUGCUUGUUGGCGAGCCUUUUGCAGGCAAAACCAAAGUACUGCAUGUUCUCGCUGACACCCUGACCCUCAUGCACGAGAGAGGUUACAAUGAGGAGGAGAGGGUGAUCUAUCGCACCGUCAACCCCAAGUCCAUCACCAUGGGUCAGCUCUUCGGCCAGUUUGAUCCCGUCUCGCAUGAGUGGACCGAUGGGAUUGUAGCGAACACUUUCCGUGAGUUUGCCUCCUCGGAGACGCCUGAUAGGAAGUGGGUUGUGUUUGAUGGGCCAAUCGACACCCUCUGGAUCGAGAGCAUGAACACUGUACUUGACGACAACAAAAAGCUCUGUCUCAUGAGUGGAGAAAUUAUUCAGAUGUCGAGCCAAAUGAGUCUCAUCUUUGAGGCCAUGGACCUCUCGCAAGCCUCACCAGCCACAGUUAGCCGCUGUGGGAUGAUCUACAUGGAGCCGUCUCAGCUAGGGUGGAUGCCGCUGGUCACUUCCUGGCUUCACACCCUGCCGGAACCCCUGAAGGCACCGGAACAUUCCGCCCUGCUAUUGGGGCUGUUUGAUUGGCUGGUUGCUCCUUCUCUCAGAACCCUGCGUAAACAGUGCAGGGAAGUGGUCCCUACAAGUAACAGCAACACCGUGGUGUCUCUGACCAGACUGUUUGAGAUGCUGAUGACUGGGCCUGUGACUGAGGACCCUGGAAACAAGAAUAUUCGCACAUGGAUCAUGGCUGCCUUCGCCUUCUCCCUGGUGUGGUCAGUGGGGGGCAGCUGUGACACAGAUGGACGCGUGCGCUUCGAUGAGUUCCUUAGAGGCCUGGUCAUGGGAGGCUCGGACAAACACCCUUUCCCGGCCGUCGUGGCCAAGUGGGAGUGCCCCUUCGAUGACAAGGGUCUGGUUUACGACUACAGCUACGAGUUCAAAGGGAAAGGCCGAUGGGUGAACUGGAAUGAAUCGAUCAAGAACAUCACACUGGGGGACAAGAGCACCCAGGUGCAGGAUAUUAUUGUCCCAACCAUUGACACUGUGCGCUAUACCUACCUGAUGGACUUGAGCAUCCAGUAUGGCGUGCCCCUUCUGUUUGUGGGCCCCACUGGAACAGGGAAGUCCGUGUACGUGAAGGAGAAACUCAUGAACAAUCUGGACAAGGACAGCUACCUGCCUUUCUUCAUCAACUUCUCUGCUCGUACCAGUGCCAAUCAGACCCAGAACAUCAUCAUGUCCAGGCUGGAUAAAAGACGUAAGGGGGUGUUCGGACCUCCAAUGGGCAAGAAGUGUGUCAUAUUUGUAGAUGACAUGAACAUGCCAGCAGUUGAGAUCUUUGGAGCACAGCCUCCCAUUGAGCUGCUGCGGCAGUUCUUUGACCAUGGAAACUGGUAUGAUAUUAAAGAUACCACUAAGAUCACCUUGGUUGACCUUCAACUCAUCUCGGCGAUGGGCCCUCCUGGUGGAGGAAGGAACGCGGUGACGUCACGCUUCCUGCGUCAUUUCAACAUCUGCAGCAUUAACGUGUUCAGUGAUGACACCAUGGUCCGCAUAUUCUCCAACAUAGUGUCCUUUUACCUGCGGAACAAUGAGUUCCCGCCUGACUGCUUCACCAUGGGCAACCAGAUUGUCAAUGCAACACUGGAGGUCUAUAAAAAAGCCAUGGAGAACCUCCUGCCCACCCCAGCGAAGUCCCACUACACGUUCAACCUGCGGGACUUCUCCCGAGUGAUCCGGGGCUGCCUGCUGCUCAAGAAGGACUCCCUGGAGAGCAAGCGCACCAUGAUCCGCCUCUUUGUGCACGAGGUCUUUCGCGUCUUUUACGACCGCCUGGUGGAUGACCAGGAUCGCGCCUGGCUCUUCAAGCUCAUGAAAGGCAUCGUAGGCGACCACUUCCGAGAGAGCCUCGACAACGUGUUUGAUCAUCUCAAGCAAGGAGACCAGCUUUGUGAAGAGGACCUGAGGAGCCUGCUGUUUGGCGACUACAUGAAUCCUGAGGUGGAGGAGUCGGAGAGGCUGUACGCCGAGGUGCCGUCCAUGGAGAGCUUCAGUGAGGUGGUGGAGCACUGCCUGGAGGAGUACAACCAGACCCACAAGAACCGCAUGAACCUCGUCAUCUUCCGCUACGUGCUGGAGCACCUGUCCCGCAUCAGCAGGGUGCUGAAGCAGCCCGGUGGGAACGCGCUGCUGGUGGGGGUCGGAGGCAGCGGGCGUCAGUCCAUCACUCGCCUGGCCACCUUCAUGUCCGCCAUGACGCUCUUCCAGCCCGAGAUCUCCAAAAGCUACGGCAUGAACGAGUGGAGGGACGACCUGAAGCACCUGCUGAAGAGCGCUGGGGUGAAAGGUCAGAAGACGGUUUUCCUCCUCACUGACGCCCAGAUCAAGGAGGAGGCCUUCUUGGAGGAUGUGGACAGCGUCUUGAACACAGGGGAGGUUCCAAAUUUGUUUGCUGUUGACGAAAAGCAGGAAAUCAUGGAGGCUGUUCGACCCAUUGCUCAGGCCGGUAACAAGAACCUGGAGUUCAGCCCUCUGUCGCUGUUUGCCUACUUCGUGAACCGGUGUCGGGAGAACCUUCACAUUGUGGUGGCCUUCAGCCCGAUUGGUGACGCUUUUAGGAACCGUUUGCGCCAGUUCCCCUCCCUCAUCAACUGCUGCACCAUCGACUGGUUCCAGCCUUGGCCAGAGGAGGCACUAGAGCGGGUGGCUAACAAGUUCCUGGAGACUCUGGAGAUGACUGACCAGGAGCGUGAGAAAGUCAUGCCCAUCUGCAAAACUUUCCACACCUCUGCCAUCAACCUCUCCCACAGAUUCCUGUCAGAGCUUGGUCGCCAUAACUACGUGACCCCCACCUCCUACCUUGAGCUCAUUGCGGCCUUCAAGCUGCUCCUCACGCAGAAGCGAGACAUGGUGAUGAAAGCGAAGAAGAGGUACACCAAUGGACUGGACAAGCUGGCCUUCGCUGAGUCUCAGGUUGGACAAAUGAAGAAAGAACUGGUGGAACUGCAGCCCAAACUGAAGCAGGCUAAGAUCGACAAUGCAAAAAUGAUGGAGGUGAUUGAGGUGGAGUCCGUCCAGGUGGAGGCCAAGAGUAAGGUGGUGCGUGUGGACGAGGAGGCCGCCACAAAGAAGGCAAACGAGGCCCAGGCUUUGAAGGACGAGUGUGAGAGUGACCUGGCCGAGGCCAUCCCUGCUCUGGAGGCUGCCCUCUCCGCUCUGGACACCCUGAAGCCCUCAGACGUGACGAUCGUGAAGUCGAUGAAGAACCCUCCCUCAGGAGUGAAGCUGGUGAUGGCCGCCGUGUGUGUAAUGAAGGAUAUUAAGCCGGAGAAGAUCAAUGAUCCAGCAGGAACUGGACAGAAGAUUCUUGAUUACUGGGGUCCGAGCAAAAAACUUCUGGGAGACAUGAAUUUCCUGCGUGAUCUGAAAGAGUAUGACAAGGACAACAUUCCUGUUCCUGUGAUGAGCAAAAUCCGCAGUGAGUACAUGACCAACCCGGACUUUGAUCCUGCCAAAGUGGUGAAAGCCGCAGCUGCAGCAGAGGGCCUCUGUAGAUGGAUCAAGGCCAUGGAGGUGUACGACAGAGUGGCCAAGGUGGUGGCCCCCAAGAAGGCCGGCCUGGCCGAGGCCCAGCAGUCCCUGGCCACCACCAUGGCGCUGCUCAACCAGAAGCGGGCCGAGCUGAAGGAGGUGGAGGACCGGCUGGCCUCGCUGCAGCGCACCUUCGAGGAGAAGACCGAGGAGAAAGCCCAGCUGGAGCACCAGGUGGACCUCUGCGCCCGCAAGCUGGUCAGGGCCGAGAAGCUCAUCGGAGGCUUGGGAGGAGAGAAGACCAGAUGGUCCAAGGCAGCAGAUGACCUACAGAGCAUAUAUGAUAACCUGACAGGAGAUGUGUUGAUAUCAGCUGGAGUCAUCGCUUAUUUAGGGGCAUUCACAGCUGGCUUUAGACAGGACUGCACUAAAGGCUGGACCAGGCUCUGCAAGAGUCAGGACAUCCCGUCCUCGGAUGACUUCUGCCUGAGUAAAACGCUGGGAGAUCCCAUUAAGAUCCGCGCCUGGAACAUCGCCGGGCUGCCCACCGACAGCUUCUCCAUAGAUAACGGGGUCAUUGUCAGCAACUCACGGAGAUGGCCUCUGAUGAUCGAUCCUCAGGGCCAGGCUAACAAGUGGGUGAAAAACUCGGAGAAGGAAAACAACCUGAGCGUGAUCAAGCUGACCGACUCCGACUACAUGCGCACGCUGGAGAACUGCAUCCAGUUCGGCACCCCUCUGCUGCUGGAGAACGUGGGCGAGGAGCUGGACCCCUCGCUGGAGCCGCUGCUGCUCAAGCAGACCUUCAAACAAGGGGGUAUGGACUGCAUCAGGCUUGGGGAGACAGUGAUCGAGUACUCUAGUGAUUUCCGCUUCUACAUCACCACCAAGCUGCGGAACCCGCACUACCUGCCCGAGCUGGCCACCAAAGUGUCCCUGCUCAACUUCAUGAUCACCCCAGAGGGGCUGGAGGACCAACUGCUCGGCAUUGUGGUGGCCAAAGAGAGGCCUGAGCUGGAGGAGGAGAGGAAUGCUCUGAUCCUGCAGUCUGCCGCCAACAAGAAGCAGCUGAAGGAGAUCGAGGAUAAGAUCCUGGAGACACUUCAGUCCUCAGAGGGCAAUAUCCUGGAGGACGAGAGCGCCAUCCAGAUCCUCGACUCGGCCAAGAUCAUGUCAAAUGAGAUAAACAAGAAACAGCAGAUAGCCGAGAAGACCGAGAUCAAAAUAGCCGAAUCGAGAGAGGGCUACCGAGCCAUUGCCAAGCAUUCCUCCAUCCUCUUCUUCAGCAUUGCGGAUCUGGCCAACAUCGACCCCAUGUACCAGUACUCCCUCAACUGGUUUGUCAAUCUCUACAUCAACUCCAUUCAAGACAGCAAUAAAUCCAAGAUUCUGGAGAAGAGGCUGAGGUAUCUGAUUGACCACUUCACCUACAACCUGUAUUGCAACGUGUGCCGCUCGCUGUUUGAGAAAGACAAGCUCCUCUUCUCCUUCCUGCUCUGUUCAAACCUGCUGCUAGCGAAGAAGGAGAUUGAGUACUCGGAGUUCAUGUUCCUGCUCACGGGAGGAGUGGGUCUUCAGAACGAGCUGCCCAACCCAGACCCCAGCUGGCUGCAGGACAAGAGUUGGGAUGAGAUCUGCAGAGCCAGCGAGCUCCCCUCCCUCCAUGGCCUCAAAGAGAGUUUUACCAAAAACCCAGAAGGCUUCCUACCAAUUUAUGACAGCAAGGAGCCAUACAAUGUCCCAAUGCCCAGUCCCUGGGUAGUAAAACUCAAUGACCUCCAGAAAAUGAUUAUACUGCGCUGCCUGAGGCCCGACAAAAUUGAACCAGCCCUGGCAAACUAUGUGACUGACAAACUGGGUAAGAAGUUUGUUGAGCCGCCGCCGUUUGACCUGAGCAAGAGCUACGUGGACUCCAACUGCACCAUCCCCCUGGUCUUUGUGCUGUCUCCUGGAGCUGACCCCAUGGCCAGCUUGCUCAAGUUUACCAAUGACAAGAACAUGAGCGGCUCCAAUUUCAAGUCCAUUUCCCUGGGCCAGGGCCAAGGGCCCAUUGCAGUGCGGAUGAUCAAGUCGGCCAUGAAAGAGGGCACCUGGGUGUGCCUUCAGAACUGUCACCUGGCUGUGUCCUGGAUGUCCACGCUGGAGAAGAUCUGCGAGGACCUGAGCCCAGAGAUCUGCCACCCCGACUUCCGCCUGUGGCUCACUAGCUACCCCUCGCCCAUGUUCCCCGUGACCAUCCUGCAGAAUGGGGUGAAGAUGACCAACGAGCCUCCCACCGGCCUGCGGCUCAACCUGCUUCAGUCCUACCUGUCUGAUCCCAUCUCCGACCCAGAGUUCUUCGUUGGCUGCCCUGGCAAAGAGCUGGCAUGGGAGAAGCUCCUGUAUGGUGUUUGUUUCUUCCAUGCUCUUGUCCAGGAGAGGAAGAAGUUUGGACCUUUGGGAUGGAACAUCCCAUAUGGGUUCAAUGAGUCAGAUUUGCGCAUCAGCAUAAGACAACUACAGCUCUUCAUAAAUGAGUACGAGCAGGUUCCCUUUGAGGCGAUCACGUACCUGACUGGGGAAUGUAACUAUGGUGGCAGAGUUACGGACGACUGGGACAGACGCCUGCUCAUGACCACCCUGGCCGACUUCUACAAUAAAGACGUCAUUGACCAUCCGCGCCACAACUUCUCCCCCAGUGGCAAAUACUACGCCCCACCAAAGUCCAUCUAUGAGGACUACGUAGAGUUCAUCCGGAACCUGCCGUUCACACAGCAGCCGGAGGUGUUUGGGAUGCACGAAAACGUGGACAUAUCCAAAGACCUGCAGCAGACCAAGCUUCUGUUCGACUCGCUGCUCCUGACUCAGGGCGGGGGCGCCAAAGGAGGGGGCAGCUCGGGUGGAGACAACACCCUCCUGGAGAUCGCCAAAGACAUCCUGUCCAAACUUCCCGCUAACUUUGACAUCGAGGCUGCCCUCACCAAAUUCCCUGUCCGUUACGAGGAGAGCAUGAACACGGUGCUUGUGCAGGAGAUGGAACGCUACAACACGUUGUUGGGCACCAUCCGGCUGAGCCUCCAGAACCUUCUCAAGGCCAUCAAAGGCCUGGUGGUCAUGGAUGCUGAUCUGGAGGCCAUAGCCAGCAGCUUGAUGGUUGGGAAAGUCCCAGACAAGUGGGCCAAGCGCUCCUACCCCAGUCUCAAGCCUCUGGGCAGUUACAUCACCGACUUCCUCGCCAGGCUCAAGUUUUUGCGGGAUUGGUAUAACACAUGGAAGCCCCAUGUGUUCUGGCUGUCUGGUUUCUUCUUCACACAGGCCUUUCUGACAGGAGCUAUGCAGAAUUAUGCAAGGAAGUACUCCAUACCUAUUGACCUGCUUUGUUUUGACUACCAGGUGUUGUCCAUAGAAACGUCAGACUCCUGCCCUGAGGAUGGGGUCUAUAUUCAUGGGCUCUUCCUAGAUGGAGCUCGCUGGGAUAAGAGAAGUGGAGUCCUGGCUGAACAGUGCCCCAAAGUGCUGUUUGAUUCAGUGCCUAUCAUCUGGAUCAAGCCCACGGAUCAAAAGCCUCCUGAGCACUCCCAGGUGCUGUUCGUGUGUCCCCUGUACAAGACAAGUGAGCGCAAGGGGACCCUGUCCACCACGGGCCACUCCACCAACUUCGUCAUCUCCAUCGUGCUGCCCACCAGCAAACGGCCCCAGCACUGGAUUAAGAGAGGGGUAGCCUUGCUGUGUCAACUGGACAAUUAACCCACCUGCAGAGUCACUUUACAGAUUAAACAGGCACUUUACGAUCAAAGGAUCUUCCUUUAAGAUUGUUUUUCUCACUUUUUCUAAUGUAGCGUCUAUUAAAAGAUUAUGAAAUGA